CUUUCUAUAAAUAAGUACAUUGCAAAUCUAACCCGAGGGUGCUCAUUAAGAAAGAUGGCCACUGGAGCUGCUGAUGGAAUUUUCCGGUCACUUCUCUACGAAGGGUGCAUCUCCGACUGUGACAUCAACAUCGAGAGGCGACCGUACCACCGGAACUGCAGUUGUGCUCUCCACGACAAGUCGUUGGGCAGGAACUGUUCACGUUCAUUCCCUAAGAGCAAGAAUGUGUCUUAUCCUAUGAGAAGAUCAUGGAGUGAGGGAUGCUUGGCCAUGGUAGCAGCUACGGGUUAUUCUUCCCCGUCGUCUUCGCCGUCUUUGGCUGGUGUUCACGGUGCUGGGAAGCAGCAACUGGAAUCGUAUAAAGAAGAGGAAGAUAAAUAAUCGAAAAUGGAAUGGAACGAAUAAAUUUUUGGCCUUCUUUUGUGAUGUUUGGGAUCAUGUUUUAGAAUAAAUACUGAUCAUAGGGUGAGUGAAAGGAGAUCCUUUUGAUUAAUUUUUCAGAAGGUUUUUAAUUGAUGCAUUUUUCUUCUUGAUAGUUCACCUUGUAAAUCCCUUUGUGGCAAAAAAAGCAUAUGGCCUAAAUCAUUUGUCCUUGUAAA